CACACGCUCAACCAGGAUACCUCAACUAUUUGUCUUGUACCAUCUGAAGUUUCAUCAGAACACUUUCAGGAAGGCUUUUGAAUACAGCUCUUCACUAGAACACAGCUUUCAGUUGAAAUAUCAACCAAGAAAGAUGUCUGAUGGGUCAUGUCUGCGCAGAAGAAAAGGUGGUCAUCAUAUAGAACCUGAGACUGAUCUUACUCGCUGGCGACUGAAUACUGUGGAUGGGCAACAGAAAUGGUACUAUAUGGUGGAAAGUGGAGAAUGUGCCCGGGAGCAGAAUGCACUUGAAGCAUAUACUUUAGGGCUGGACACUAGUAAAUUUUUUCCAGACUUACCCAAAGCCAGCACCGCCGAGGAAGCAUUAUGGAAGGGAAUUAAGUUUCUCUGCAGGCUGCAAGAAGAUGGUCAAUGGCCUGCAGAAUGCUCUGGCAUCCUCAUCUUUACACCAAUUCUUUUGUUUGCCUGUCACGUUGCCAAGAUCUCACUGCCAGAAGAGGUCAAGAAAGAGAUCCUGCGUUAUAUAUGCUCAAAACAGCUCCCAGAUGGUGGUUGGGGUCUCCAUCUUCACAAUCCGUCAACAGUUUUGGGCACAACUUUCAACUAUAUAGCCUUGCGCAUCCUUGGACUUGGACCUGACCAUCCAGAUAUAGUGCGGGCUCGAAUCAACCUUCAUAAGAAAGGUGGUGCUGUCAGAAUCCCUUCCUUUGGUAAAAUUUGGUUGGCUAUUUUGAAUAUGUACAGCUGGGAUGGAAUCAAUGCACAGUUUCCAGAGUUUUGGAUUUUACCCACAUGGGUGCCAGGCCAUCCCUACUCUUACUGGUGUUACACCCGCCAUGUCUCCCUUGCGCUCACCUACUGCUAUGCCACCCGACUGACUGUGGAAGAAGAUGAACUGAUUCAGAGUUUAAGGCAGGAAAUUUAUGUGGAGGACUUCUCGAGCAUUAAUUGGCCGGCCCAGAAAAACAAUAUUGCUGCAGGUGAUUUGUAUGCUCCCCACACAUGGAUGCUGAAUGCUAUUUAUGCUGUUUUUAAUUUCUAUGAGAGGUACCACAUCACCAGUCUGAGAAAGAAAGCCAUAGCAGAGAUGUAUGAACAAAUCAAGGCUGAUGAUAUAUUUACAGAUUUCUGCAAUACUGGUCCGUACUGCAAAUCACUUCACAUACUGAUAUGCUGGCAUGUGGAAGGACCCAAUUCCCCAACCCUUCAAAAACAUAUUUCCAGAAUCUUUGACUACCUUUGGCUUGGAAAAGAUGGUAUGCUAAUGCAGGCCAUAGGAACCCAGACCUGGAACACAUCAUUUGUUAUUCAAAGCUUCCUUGAGGCUGGUAUUCAUAACAACCCUGACUAUGCAUCCUGCUUGAAAAAAGCCCAUACAUUUCUUAAAUGUGUCCAGAUUGUAGAUAAUCCACCUAAUUAUGAGAGAUACUAUCGCCAUAUGAACAAGGGAGGAUUCCCUGCCAGUUAUCGUGAUCACAACUGGAUAGUCAGUGAUUGCACAGCUGAGGCACUAAGGACACUGAUGCUGGCUCCAUAA